CUUCAAGUGCUUCGGAGUGAAGUCACGCCACUUCGUCGCUCCGAACGUUGAUAUUUACAACAUCCGCGCGCGCUAUGCAAAAAAAUAUAAAGUCCGAAAAAUGUUAAAUUGUCUCCGGAGUGAAAUUACGCGAGUGUAUAACUCAGAUGUGCUUGAAACAACACUGAAAUGAAAUUAGUAGUGUGAUUAAACAACUUUUAAAACAAUGUACCAACUGUUAAAAGUGCUACUUUUUGUGGUGUACGGGGUGGCUACUCGUUUCGAUGGUCCAGAACAGUGCUCUUGGUUACCGGACAACACUGAUACUUCCUCUUCGAAAUUAUCAGUUACUUGUAAAGUUCGAGUUCUUGAAGAAAGUGCCAAUAUAACUGCUUUGCCGACGGAAGUCACUUCUCGACUUAAAAUUCUCUGCAGUGAUGUUUUGUUCUUCGAAAGUUUUUUGCCAACAUCGGGACUACACAGACUUCAUGAACUUGAAGAAUUACGUAUUAACAAUUGUAAAGUUCUUACCAUACCACCAAAUUCAUUCGACGGACUUUAUAAUGUGAAAAAAUUAUCAAUCAACACUUUUAAUGCAGAUUGGGGACCUACAAAAAUUCUAGAAUUAACUACGUAUAGUUUGGAAGGUCUCAAAGAGCUGCAACUUAUAGAUUUGGCCGACAACAAUAUUCGAGCAUUACCAGAUGGUGUUUUUUGUUCCUUAACAAACCUUCAAACUUUGAACUUAACAAGAAAUCGAAUAAAGAAUCCUGAGAGAAUUGGUUUAAAUGUUCCUGAUUGCAGUAACAGUGAGUUGCAAAAUUUAGAUUUAUCUUUUAAUGAUUUAAGAAGUUUAAAUGAGGAAGCAGGAUUUUCACGAUUGAGAAGAUUACAACAUUUGUUCUUACAGAAUAAUAACAUAACUGAAUUAUCUGGAGAAACACUAGCUGGACUAGUCUCUUUAAAAAUUUUAAAUUUGAACAACAACAAAAUAGGAACAUUACCAGAAGGUUUAUUUGCUGGUACUCCAGAAUUAAAAGAAAUCCACAUUCAGAACAACUCAUUAUAUUCACUAGCUAAAGGUAUUUUUCAUCGUUUGGAACAAUUAUUGGUGUUAAAUUUGUCGGGCAAUCAAUUGACCAGUAAUCAUAUAGAUGCGGGAACCUUUACAGGACUGAUUCGUCUCAUCAUCUUAAAUUUAUCCCAUAAUGCUCUCACCCGCAUAGAUGGCCGAACUUUCAAAGAUCUUUAUUUUCUGCAAAUAUUAGAUUUGCGCAACAAUUCGAUCGGGUUUAUAGAAGACAACGCUUUUUUACCAUUGUACAAUUUACAUACGUUAAAUCUCGCUGAAAAUAGAUUAAAUACUAUCGGAAUGCAGUUAUUUAACGGUCUUUUUGUUCUCAGUAAACUGACUCUUAAUAAUAAUCUGAUCGUCAGCAUACAUUCAAGUGCUUUUCUGAAUUGUUCCGCUCUUAAAGAGCUCGAUCUGAGUUCGAACGCUCUCUCGGAAGUGCCGGAUGCUAUUCAAGAACUGUCGUUCCUUAAAACUUUAGACUUAGGCGAAAAUCAAAUAUCGGAUUUUAAAAACGGUUCGUUUAAAAAUUUAAAUCAAUUGACGGGGCUUCGGUUGAUCGAUAAUAACGUUGGAAACUUGACAAAAGGAAUGUUCUGGGAUUUGCCGAAUUUACAAGUGCUUAACCUCGCGAAAAAUAAAAUCCAAAACAUUGAAAGAGGAACUUUUGAGCGAAAUACACAAAUCGAAGCGAUUCGGUUGGACGAAAACUUUCUAACGGACAUUAACGGAGUGUUUGCUACUUUAGCCAGUUUGUUGUGGUUAAAUUUAUCUGAAAAUCAUCUAGUGUGGUUCGACUAUGCGUUUAUUCCAAGUAAUUUGAAGUGGCUGGAUAUACACGGUAACUUUAUUGAACAUCUCGCUAAUUAUUACAAAAUUCAAGACGAAAUCAGAGUCAAAACUUUAGAUGCUAGUCAUAAUCGUAUUACCGAAAUUUCUCCUAUGUCUAUUCCUAAUAGUAUAGAACUUUUAUUUAUUAAUAACAAUUUUAUUAAAUCUGUGCAACCAAAUACUUUCCUCGAUAAAUCCAAUUUGGCUCGUGUCGAUAUGUAUGCUAACGAUAUGACAAAUCUAGAUUUAAAUUCUCUCAGAAUCGCUCCAGUUCAUUCGAACCGUUCUUUACCAGAAAUAUAUCUCGGUGGCAAUACCUUUCAUUGUGACUGUACUAUGGAAUGGCUUCAGCUCAUCAACAACAUGUCAGCAUCCAGGCAGUAUCCUCGAGUAAUGGACUUGGAAAAUAUUGUAUGCAAAAUGACCCAUUCUAGAGGUAUGACACAUAUGCCAUUAAAUCAAGCCAAACAAAGUGACUUUCUUUGUAACUACGAAACACAUUGUUUUGCUCUUUGCCAUUGUUGUGACUUUGAUGCAUGUGAUUGUGAAAUGACUUGUCCUAAUAAUUGCACUUGUUACCACGAUCAGACGUGGAAUAAUAACGUAGUCGAUUGUUCCGGUCAAAAUGCCGAUGAAGUUCCGCAAAAAAUUCCAAUGGACGUCACUGAACUUUACUUGGACGGAAAUUAUAUCAAAGAGCUUCAAAACCACGUUUUUAUCGGAAGAAAAAAUAUGAGAGUACUUUAUGUGAAUAAUAGUGCGGUGGAAACGAUACAAAAUAGUACUUUCAACGGUCUUCAAUCUCUUCAAAUCCUACAUCUAGAAGAAAAUAAAAUCGGUGAGCUUAAAGGUUAUGAAUUCGAACAAUUAUCCAAUUUAAAAGAACUUUAUCUUCAAAAUAAUCUAAUUUCCGUCAUCGGUAACAAUACUUUGGAGCCUUUAAUUUCGUUGGAAACUCUUCGGUUGGACGGUAACAGAUUAGUGACUUUUCCGGUAUGGCAACUCUCAGUGAACACUCGGUUAUCAAUUAUUAUGUUGGGUAAUAAUCAAUGGUCUUGUCGGUGCAAAUUUUUGCAAGGACUUACCGCGUGGGUGGCAGACAAUGCAGCAAAAAUCGUGGACAGUGCGGACAUGAUGUGCUAUAAUCCGGACUCAAAACCUCCCCAACGACGUGAGUUAGACUUUAAUAGUACCGCAUGUAGUGAUUUUUACGCAGGAAGCUCUGUAAUAGACAGUAUGUUAGUAUCAGACUACUGGCCGAUGGUUGUAGUAAGUUUAUGUAUCGUAAUUCUGUUGCUACUUGUACUAGUGCUCUGGUUCGUAUUUAGAGAUCCUGUUCGCGUGUGGUUAUAUUCGAGAUACGGAGUGAGACUAUGCAGUUUUCGAGAUACUGCCGCUAAACAGUUUGAAGACAGAGACAAACUCUACGACGGUUUCGUGUGUUAUAGUCCCAAAGAUGAAGAAUGGGUCGUGCAAGCUCUAGCGGCGGAAUUAGAGCCCAAAUUUCAACUAUGUUUACAUUAUAGAGACUUACCGCAUACCGCGUAUAUACAACAUGCUGCUCCCGCGGUUUUAGAGGCAGCAGAAGCAAGUCGAAGAGUGAUAGUAGUUUUAACAAGAAAUUUCCUACAGACUGAGUGGUCCCGUUUUGAACUUCGACAAGCCCUACAUGAAGCUCUUAAAAGACGAGUGUUUAAACUAGUGAUAUUAGAAGAAGGACCUCUUCCAGAAGCCGAGCUCGAUCCAGAGCUUCGACUCUACUUAAAAACUGCAGAAAGAGUUAGAUGGGGCGAAAAACGAUUCUGGGAAAAACUAAGGUACGCAAUGCCUUCGGUUGAACCCAGAGGAAAAAUAAAUGCAAACUAUAGAAGAAAUAUAAAUAACUACACCAUCGACUCAAGAGUGGUAGCAAAUGGUACACAUCAUACCCAUCACACUUACCCUGAAAAAAUCAGAACGCAGGGCCCUCCAAGUCCUGGAAUGCAGAUGUUACCGCCAUCUUACUCUUCUGCAGUGCCCCAGGAGGCCGAUGAUGCCAACUACUCAUCGGCCACGACGGCAACUCCAUCUCCUAGACCGAUGCGGAGAGCCCAAGAGCCCAGGCCCAUAUCGGAUCAUAUUUAUUCAAGUAUUGAUUCCGAUUAUAGCACCCUUGAACGAGGGGGUUCAGGUCGACGGGGCCCUCCAUGGAGGCCACAACAUGUGAUGAUGCAGACGGGGAUGAACAAUGGAGGCCAGGCCUAUCUUGUGUGAUAACUCUAUAUGACUGACUAGGUAUAUAUAAUAAACAUUACUACUCAAAGACUUACUAUUUUAAACGGUCGAAAUGUGUAAUUAUUGAUUCUUUUGUAUGUAUUAUUUUUUGUACAUUACUGUAUAUAGAUAUAUUUAUUUUGUUUUUAUUGAUUUUUUGUAUUAUUCUGUGUAUAUUUUUUACGACUUGCAAAACGAAUUAUAUAAUAAAUACGAUGUCAAAUACUAA